GCCUACGAACUCCGAGAGCGGGCGAGGGAGGCAGAGGCUGCAGGUGGAGGCUACAAACGUGGAGUGUGGAACCAAGUGGGGAAGGAGACGAGGAUGAGGUGGGGACGAGAAGGAAGAGCACCCUCUUGCUAAGCCAAAUCCACUCAGCGGGAGGAAAAAGGUGGAGGAGGGGAGGGAGGAGAGACCACCGAGCCACUCUCGCACGGCUUCAAGCGGAGGAGACUGUCGUAGGGAGCAGGAGGGAGAUGCUUCUCUUCGCCGCUGCCUGAACAAAAACCAGGAGCGAGGGGACGCAACGCGCUCUGAUCCGGGAAGAGAAGACGAGGUCAUGAAGAGCAUGGGAGGGGGAGACGGAUAUCUUUUAAAUGAAGCUGACGUCAACGUAUGGACAUGACCCUGGUUUGACAAGAUGCUCUCGAUGUGCUUGAGAAGGUCUUCCGUGGGAGAUGGGUCCACGUUGGUUCUAAUUGUGGCUGCUCCUUGAAAGUCAUCCAGAGACACAACUUGUGUGACAGGAAGUGUACUCGAGAAGACCCUCUGGUGCAGAAGGUUCCUACCGCCAACCUUUGCACACAAGUUGGGAGAAGAAGGGACUCGAACACCUUCACUGGUAUCUCACUGACAAAGUCGGGGUCAGCUUUAUCGUCCCUUUCCUCGGUGGAUGCCUCCAAAGCGCAGCCAUGGGAGAAUGGACCAUCCUGGAGCGCCUCUUAGAGGCCGCCGUGCAGCAGCACUCCACCAUGAUAGGAAGGAUACUGCUGACGGUGGUUGUGAUCUUCCGCAUCCUGAUCGUGGCGAUCGUGGGGGAGACGGUCUACGAGGACGAGCAGACCAUGUUCAUCUGCAACACCCUGCAGCCGGGCUGCAACCAGGCGUGCUAUGACAAGGCCUUUCCCAUUUCCCACAUCCGCUACUGGGUCUUCCAGAUCAUUCUGGUGUGCACGCCCAGCCUCUGCUUCAUCACGUACUCCGUCCACCAGUCGGCCAAACAGAGAGACCGGCGCUACUCCUUCCUCUAUCCCAUCAUGGAACGAGACUACGGGGGAAGGGACGGGGCGCGAAAGCUCCGAAACAUUAACGGGAUUUUAGUUCAGCACGGCGGCGAUGGCGGAGGAGGUAAAGAAGAACCCGACUGCCUUGAAGUGAAGGAGAUCCCCAACGCCCCGCGAGGCCUCACCCACGGGAAGAGCUCCAAGGUCCGUCGUCAGGAAGGGAUCUCCCGUUUUUACAUCAUCCAGGUGGUUUUCCGAAACGCCCUGGAGAUUGGAUUCUUGGCCGGGCAGUACUUUCUCUACGGUUUCAGUGUGCCUGGGAUUUUCGAAUGUGACCGCUACCCGUGUCUGAAGGAGGUGGAGUGCUACGUGUCUCGCCCCACGGAAAAAACAGUUUUCCUGGUGUUCAUGUUCGCGGUGAGCGGCAUUUGCGUGGUGCUCAACCUGGCCGAGCUCAACCAUCUGGGCUGGCGCAAGAUUAAAGCGGCCAUCCGGGGCGUCCAGGCCCGCAGGAAAUCCAUUUGUGAGAUCAGGAAGAAAGACAUGGCGCAUCUGUCCCAACCGCCCAACCUGGGGCGCACACAGUCCAGCGAGUCGGCUUACGUCUGAUGCUAAAGAGCGGAGGAAGAGGAGUGGAACGAAUGCGCGAGUGAAAAAGCAGUCAUUAUGAUUUUUUUAAAGGGAAGAGGAGGUCAGAUCGGAUGAGGAGACGCGGUGAAGACCGAACCUCCAUCUGGGUCGCUUCAGGAGUGAAAACAUCAAAGGAAAACCUAUAAAAGAUCACACAUUUUAACCUCAUUUUUGGAGAGCUGUUCUCACUGCCAUUUUCUUUCUUUUGUUGUUUUUUUACUACAAACUUAUCUCUCCUCUUAAGUCUUUGAACCCACAGCGACAAAUCCUAACCAGGCCAGGCAGGGAACAACCGUGUGGAUGAGGACUGCUUUAUGUUAUUUGGGGAUACUGCGGGAAUGACGGCAGUCAUUUGAUGCGUCCCAUGGUGCUUUUCUGGACUGUGUCAGCUUCGGUGAAAAAAAGGCAUGGACGCCGGGACAGGGAGGAUGAGCGGCAAUAACGCGAGGAGAAGGAACGGAAGACCUGUCAAAGCCGUGACAGGAAAAAUAAGGCUGGAUUAGAAGAAGAGGGGGGUACAUCGCACUCUGGGAAAACGUGCAAGCGGGAAAAGCGAAGCCGAGUGAGAAGAGCUGCUUCUUGUCCGAGCCAAAGCCGAGAGAAGAAGAGUAACGAUGUUUAUGUUUGGGGUCUCUUGGCAAACCGUUAUCUUAACACAAACACGACCAGUACCAUCUCUCCUCUUCCCGAUGUGUCGCUUACGCCACAGUUGGCAGCUAUGUAGACCCCGUCCCCUCCCCCCCCCCCGGGGGGGGCUCUUCUGAUGACAGUAAUGACCCUUGUUGCUCUCCUUCUACGUCCAUGUCGUGAACACGGAGACGCACAAGCACAAACGUUCCUCCGUGCAGCAUUCCAGGGUGCUGAGAGUCCAGGGAGAGGCCGUACAGGAAACAGGAAACAGGAAAACGAGGGAAAACCUUUGGCUUUAUUUUUACAGCUUAAAUGAAUUCUAUGAAAUAUAUAACAAUGUGUUAAAAACUUUUCUUUUGAGAAAGCAAUGGUGCCAUCCUUGACAGAUUUAAACAUUCUUGAAAUGAUGAAUAGUGCAUAUCAAUGAUAUUAUUUAUGCAUUUAGAGUAUAUUCAAAUACAUUUAUUUAUAGUUAUGGCUGGGUCCUGUGGGCCGUCGUGUUCAAUUUUCAAUUUUCCAAAUGUAUGACGUGUUUGUCUUUUUUUAUUUUGUAUUCUUUUUCACUGAUGAAACUGAUGAUGCGUAUGGGAAUGGAAGGGUUAGGAACGAUGUGAGCAUGUGCAACUGAUUUUGCUAUAUAUAAAGUUUAGAAAAGUGCUGGGGGGAAAAAAAAUGUUUUUUUUUUCCAUAGAAAGCCUUGAUUUGCUUCUUCAAAAUCAGCUGCACAGCUUCAGGCAACUCGGUCCGGCCUGUGAGCCAUUUGAAAAAGCAUGUUUACAUGACGCAAUGUUGUUGAAUGAUCAAGCCGUGUAACCAAUGAAUCGUAGCUUGCUUGGAGUUUUAUUGUGCGUUGAUCUCCCGAGGGGGUUUCAGCAUGCAUGCAAUGUAAGACUAAGUCAAAGAAAGCUUUGAAAGUAUGAGAAGACACACAAAAAAAAAAGAAAA